AUGGAGGAGUGGGACAGUCUCAUCUCCUGCUGUUGUCAUGCCCUUAACACAGCAGUGGAGUGCAGACAAGGGCUAUUUCUGUCCUUAAACUGUCAGGGCAAGAGAGGAAGUGAAGAAUGGCUGGAGAAGAGAGCUGGUAUGAUCAGGAUGGAGCACGAGGAGUUUUUUAUCGAGCCAGUGGAGAGGGGAGAUGGAGUGAUGGAAGAGGAGGAGGGGGAGGAGGACGGAGGAGAAGGGAGGACACACAUCGUCUAUCGCUCCUCAGCCGUAAAGAAAGCGCCUAUCAGCAGCACGGCGUCAGACUACCACUCCAGAGGUGCUGAUCUUGGUGGUUUGAUGGACCUGGAGUCUCUGUACCGCGGCGUGGAGCAGAGCAUCAACCACACGCGAGCGGGGCGAAUGCGCCGGCAGAGCCUGGACCGGGCCUACAACAUCGAGGUGCUGCUGGGCGUCGACGACUCCGUGGUGCAGUUUCACGGGAAGGAGCAUGUCCAAAAGUACCUGCUCACACUCAUGAACAUCGUAAGUGUCACAAUAACACCAACAAACACAGAGAAAGAGAAGUCGAUGAAU